AUGGACUCUCCAGCCUCCGAGACUCUGGACCUCAAUAGCACAGGUCCCUCCCAGUCCGGCCAGUGGGAGACGCCUCAGGUCGAAGAGACUCCAGACACCACCGAUCAGCCGUCGCCAAUCAACGACGAUGACGCCGACCAACCGCAGAAGCCGGCAUCUGCGCCCUUGCAAAAGCGGCGAAGAGUGACCCGCGCAUGCGAUGAGUGUCGACGGAAGAAGAUCAAAUGCGACGGCAAACAGCCCUGCACCCAUUGCACUGUCUACAGCUAUGAAUGUACAUACGAUCAGCCAUCAAAUCGCAGGCGCAACGCUGCCCCGCAAUAUAUCGAAGCCUUGGAGACUCAAUUGAAGCGUGCAAAGGCACUUUUGCACCUUGUGUUCCCCAAUCUUGAUUUGAAUGACCCGAACAUCGACCAUUACUUGCAAAAUGGUAUGCUUCCCCAACUGCCAAUGGGUGGCCCACGACCUCUACAGAAUCCGCACGGUCCUCGCAUGUCGCACCGGCGCGACGACCAAGCAGGAGAAGAAAUCCCUGAAUCGCAUCUUGAGUCGAUGGUCAAGGCCACAGGCCAGCUCGAUCUUGACGAGGAUGGGAAUUGGGACUAUCACGGUCACUCUUCAGGCCUCAGUUUCAUGAGAAGACUGCAACAACAGUUUGGAGACAUCAUCGCCCCUUCUAACGGUUCCCCAAGCUCCCCCUUUGUCAAGUUCCGACCCAUGUCACAGGUGUUUGACUCUCCAAAGUCCGCCCAGGAUUCGCCUGUGGACUCAUCAACCCCAUUGCCCUCCGGUACUGAUCUGCCCCCGAAGAAGGAAGCUAAACUGUUGUGCGACAAUGCCUUAGUCGAUGCUGGUGCGCUGCUACGAGUUGUGCAUAUCCCCUCGUUUUAUAAGUCGAUGGACCGGAUCUACAAUACUGCACCGGAGAACUAUGGCAAUGCAGAAAAUCAAUUUUUGCCCCUGCUUUAUGCUGUCCUCGCCCUAGGAACACUAUUUGCGAAGAGUAGUGCCGAAUUCGACCAGAUAGGAUAUGAAUCCGCCAUCGAUGAAGGCUUCAAGUAUUUCAAGGCCUCUCGACAACUACUGGACAUUGCAGACUGCAGAGAUUUGGUUUCACUGCAGGCAAUAGUGUUCAUGAUUCAGUUCCUGCAAUCAUCUGCGAAACUAUCGACCUGCUAUGCGUACGUUGGCGUUGCUUUACGAUCUGCCCUGCGCAUGGGUUUGCAUCGAUCCUUCAACGACAAUUUUAGUCCGAUCGAGGCUGAGACGCGAAAACGUGUUUUCUGGGUUGUCCGCAAGAUGGACACCUACGUUGGGGCUAUGCUGGGGUUACCUCACUUCCUCGAUGAAGAAGACAUUGAUCAAGACUGGCCGACUGAAGUUGAUGAUGAAUAUAUAACAGAAACAGAAAUUCGCCCUAUGCCCGAAGGGAGAAUUUCUCUCGUUGCCGGCGCCAAUGCUCAUACUCGAAUUGUCCAGAUCCUUGCGAAGAUUUGCAAGUACGUGUAUCCUAUUCAAGGUACCCAGUCUGGCGGAAAAAAUUCAGUCACAUAUUCCGUGAGCUAUUCUAGGAUUCGAGAAAUCGAACAAGAUCUUCAGCAAUGGUUGGACGGGCUUCCAAUGGCGCUUAAACCAGGUGGAGAAGCGCCUAGAGUUAUUGUCAGGGUUCAACAACUUCUUAGGAUGGCUUUUGGCCAUGCGCAGCUACUCCUUUACCGCCCAUUUCUGCACUACGUCUCGCAAACAUACAAAACCAAGACAGCCGACCAAAGGGCAUUCGCUUGCGCCUCAGCAUGCAUCAGCGUUUCUCGGAACAUCAUUCACAUUACCACAGAGAUGAAGAAAGGAGGACUCCUCAUUGGAGCAUACUGGUUUUCGAUGUACACGACUUUCUUCGCGAUCAUUUCUAUCAUAUACUUCGUAUUAGAGAAUCCGAACAACCCCACGAGUACUGAGCUCUUCCGUGAUGCAUUAGAAGGCAAAGAAACACUAGCACAUUUCGCCAAGAGAAGUAUGGCAGCAGAUAGGUGUACUGCCACACUAAAUACCAUUUUCGAGAGGCUACCUAAAACGGUAAAACAUAGUGGACCUUUCGCCAGCAGCAAGAAACGCAGGCAGGGUAGUUCACCGCAGUCCAUCCAAAGCCGCCCCAGCUUGUUCAAACAGGAUCCGGAGUUAAUUGAAAUGGGACCUCGCCGGGCGAGCACCUUCCCUGAGUCGAUGCCAAACAGCAAACGCACCAGCCUCGGUCACUCCCUCCCGAUAUCUGGAACACAUCUCGCCAAUCUUGGUGUUGACUCCCCCUACGGGCAGUCGACUUCCCAAUCAAGUAGCGACUUCUUCGACCCCACCCCUAGCCUAACCCCAACAUCCACAGGGACGAGCAAUCUCAGUGGCUUCAGCCUUCCUCAAACCCACACUCCUCUUCAGGGACCCACUCAGUCAUAUCCCUCUACUUCACUCACUAAUACGGUUGUUGAUCCUACAGGCCUCAACGUCCCGGUUUCUGAUGUAUCCGCAAUGAUGUUUCCCUCCGCUGACCCCUUUGCAUAUCCAAACCAACCGAUGACAACGUUCGAGAAUAAUAAUCUCCAGAAUUUUGAGCCCAAGACUUCAUCGCCUAGUAGGUCGAACUUAGGAUUCCAAGCUUCUGGGGUAGACAUGAAAUCGCAUCCUGCCACAUUUGGUCCUAGCAGUCACCCGAAAGGGAAUGUGCCGAUUGACCCUAGGGCACCUCACCCGAGCGAUAAUGAUGUACAACUUUUUGGCCCAAUGCCAAUGUACCUGAUGCAGGGCGCUCAAAUGGCGGGUACACAAGGACAGCGGUUCCAGCCGGAGCUCCCUCAACAUCGCCUUCACAUACAUGGCGCAGACGGCGGCAAUGUGGCCUUCGAUGACCUCUUCGGCGGUGAAGAAUGGGCAAAUACAUUCAUGGAUCAGGGUCUGGGACUGAGUGGUAAUGGAAGUGGGUUUGGUGGCAACCCUGGUGUUGACCCGGCUGGAAUGGGGAUGGGAAAUUGGCGGUGA